GACAACAGGAGAAGUAGCAUCUGGAGUUGUAAAUAAAGUAUUCAAUCAGCCAAAAGCCAGAGCAAAAGAGCUGGGUCUAGAUAUAUGUCUAAUGUAUAUAGAAAUUGAGAAAGGUGAGGCAGUACAAGAAGAAUUACUGAAGGGCCUGGACAACAAAAACCCAAAAAUCAUAGUAGCAUGUAUAGAGACACUGAGAAAAGCACUAAGCGAGUUUGGCUCAAAAAUAAUCUCCCUGAAGCCAAUCAUUAAAGUCUUGCCAAAACUUUUUGAGUCCCGGGAAAAGGCUGUUCGGGAUGAAGCCAAACUCCUUGCUGUGGAGAUCUACCGCUGGAUAAGGGAUGCUCUGAGACCUCCACUGCAGAACAUCAAUUCUGUUCAGCUGAAAGAACUGGAAGAAGAGUGGGUCAAAGUGUCAUCAGCUGCUCCUAAGCAGACCAGAUUCCUGCGUUCCCAACAGGAGCUAAAAGCAAAAUUUGAGCAGCAACAGGCAGCUGGAGGAGAUGCAGAUGAAGGAGGUGAUGAUGAGGAAGAAGCAGUACCACAAGUAGAUGCAUACGAGUUGCUUGAAGCUGUAGAAAUUCUUUCCAAGCUUCCUAAAGACUUCUAUGAGAAAAUAGAAGCCAAAAAGUGGCAGGAAAGGAAAGAAGCUCUAGAAGCUGUUGAAGUGCUGGUGAAAAAUCCCAAAUUGGAAUCGGGGGACUAUGCAGACUUGGUGAAAGUUCUCAAAAAGGUUGUUGGAAAGGAUACAAAUGUUAUGUUAGUGGCAUUGGCUGCCAAAUGCCUUGCUGGACUAGCUACUGGCCUCCGAAAGAAAUUUGGACAGUAUGCAGGGCAU